CCUCAGUCGAAAUGGCAGCCGACGGCAGUUGGCCCAUACUACUCUUGUUGGUCUCAACACAGGCCAUUAUUCACGCAGCGAAUCUGAGUGAGUCCACGCCCGGCCCUGAGGAGGAGGUCAAUGUGAGCACUACUACGGGUGCGCCGCUGGAGGAGACCACCAAACGCUUGGACGCUCGGGCUGAGCCAUACGAUAAGGGCGAUCGGGAGCAGUACGAUGUGAUCGAUGUAUCCAGCGUCACGGGCACGGCGGUGGGCAGGCCCAAGAGUGGCCAGACCACAAGGAUCUACACCACCGGCGAUGUGGACGAGAGCUUCUGGCUGAAGCACCUGGGCGAUGACUUCAAACAUGCCAUCCAUCUGCAGGUGGGCGGCAUCAACGAAGAGUACAAUCACCUGAUCAACCGGACCCAGAACGGUGUCCAUGAGGAGGUGCACCACGAGUAUUUACCGGGUGCCGAGCGACCUGGCGGCGCAGUUCAUCCACCUUCUCCUCCGCCUGUGCCCCAGCAAUCGCGUCCCGCUUAUCGUCAGGGUUUCGACCACCGAGCCGUGGCCAUGAAACAGCAGUAUCUCAUCCAUCAGCAGAGCCAGCAGGCACAUCCCGCCCAGCAGCGCUAUAACUAUGCCCACCAGCACGCACAACACUACGCACCACAACCACAGCAACAACCACAACCACAACCACCACCACAACCACAAUACCCACAAUACCCACAACACACACCACACAGACACACAAACACUUACGCAAAGCCGCAGAAUUAUGCGCCCCAAGAUUAUAAGCGCCCGAGUUAUAUCAUCAACUCUAGCGAGGAUCAGUUGCAUGCCGAGCAAUCGAAUCCCUCGCCGAUAAAAUCAGCUGGGGAGGAUCAGCCCCAUCACGAGGAGGAGAUGGACUCCUUUGGCGGCCAGCUCAACUUCAAAUCACCCUUCAAUGACUACGGCAGUCGCCCAGCGCGAGAUCUUACCUAUCUUCUCUUCAAGCGGGGUCUCUAGAAGUAAGAUCCACGUCAUGCCAAACCAAAGACUUGCGGUCUCCAGUCCAUUGAGUUCUAUAAAUGCGGCUGAGCCACUCACACCACCCAUCCACACACAACGCAACUCACCACACAACACAACACAACACGAACACACAACACGAAUCACACAAACACUGAGAUUAAG